AUGUGUGACUACUUCCAUAUAUUGUCAGGCAUCAAAGGAUAUUUUGAAUGUAAGGAGCCACAGCCUGGUCUCAAGGGUGGAUUCUCAAAAUUUGCAUCUUUACAGUUCAAAAACAGUGUGCAAGGUGGAACAAGUGGACCUUUUGGCAGGUGGCAAGCAGAACAGUCGGCUAGCCAGAAUUUUGGAUUAUAUAGGAAACAGGAGCAAAAUGGAAAAAUGGAACUCAGUUCCUCUUGUGCUGGAUGGAUUGAUAGGUUCAAGUUGCGUCACAACAUUACGUUCGGUAAAGUGAGUGGUGAAGCCAGGGGUGUAAAUACUGAAACUACAACUGAAUGGCUUACUGCCGUGUGGCCCAGUAUACAUAAAGGAUAUGCAGACAAGGAUGUCUUUAAUGCCGAUGAGACCGGCAUUUUCUUUCGAUUGACACCUGACAGGACACUGAAAUUUAAGGGAGAGAAGUGUGUUGGCGGCAAGUUGUCGAAAGAGCGGAUUACAGCUCUUGUUUGUGCUAAUGCGACUGGAAGCGAGAAGAGGAAAUUGCUUGUGAUUGGAAAGUCAAAAAAUCCUAGAUGUUUUAAAAAUGUGGAAAACCUACCAGUGCGCUACAGUGCUAACAAAAAAUCGUGGAUGACUUCUAGUUUGUUCGAAGCUGAACUCAGGUCUUGGGACCGGGAACUUCAAACAAGGAAAAGAAAGAUCAUCUUGCUUGUAGACAACUGUCCAGCGCACCCUGUACUUCAAAAUCUAGAGAAGAUUAAACUUGUGUUUAUACCUGCAAACACUACAAGCGUAUUGCAACCCAUGGAUCAGGGAGUCAUAAGGAACCUGAAAUGUCACUACCGCAAACUGAUAUUGUUAAGAAUUGUAGAGAGCAUCGAGAAGAAGCAAGAUUACACAGUUACACUGCUGGACGCAAUACGAUUCAUUGAAAAAGCAUGGAGACGAGUAACUACAAAAACAAUUCAGAACUGCUUCCGGCAUGCGGGAAUCUUAUCAACUCAGGGAUUGAAUGGCACUGAGAAUGAGGAUGACACCAAUAAUGACGAUGAUUUACCUUUAACAGAAUGGUUGCGUAAAGUCAAUUGUGAUGAACUAGGUCAGUAUGACUAUGAGGCAUAUGCAACAAUAGACGACGACAUUGUUACAACGGAGGCACAAACAGACGACGAUAUUGUAUCGGAAGUGAAGAAGGAUACAGAGGAGGAAGAUGAGGUGGGAGGAGAAGAAUGUUCCGAAGUCUCCAUCCCUACUGUGAGUGACGCGCUUGAAGCCAUUAGGGUUGUGAACUUGUUUUAUGAAUCCAGGGGAGGCAGCAGUGAAAUUGUGACAAAAAUUAUGGACAUUGAACACUUCGUCGGGGCGAAUGCAGCAUCUGCUGAAGAACACUUGCGUGAUUCUCUUUUGUCGAAACACUUACUGGCCGACCAGACCUCCCAUUCCGUUGACACAGUACACUACCAGAACGGCGAAAUUUCGUAA